AUGGGAGAAGCAGAACCCGCGUCGCGGGUUGGCAUCUUCAACUCCAGCUGCCUGUGCGGGGGCCAGGUGCUGCACUUCCACGUGGUGCGGCUGCAGGGCUCGGUUUUGAUGUGGGUGGGGUCGCAGCUGAAGGGGCUGGAGGACCUGCAAGUGGCAACCCCUACGCGCUUCGACCCCAUGCCCACGGUGGCGUCCCUGCGGGGGGAGACGGAGGGCAACGGGAGCCAGCUGGCCCAGAAGCUUUCCCGCCGCUUCCAGGUCCCAGUCUUCCUCAGCUUCAACCUGGAGGCAGAGCCCGAGGCAAUGCUAGCGGUGCAGAAGGAGAGCACCCGCCUCCUCAGCGAGAUCUUGGGCCCACCGGGCCCACCUGAGGCAGCCCCGGCCUAG